CUGGAACCAUAUCGAAACCACAACAAGCUAGUGCAAAAUAUUCCAUUGGUUUAUACAAGCCUGUUACAAAGACAUUGAUUAUUUGAAGGUCAACACUGUGGUGAUUAAUAACUGCGCAGGUUUUGACGCCAAAACAUUAUUAUUAAAUAAAAUUACAAACAUUGUGUGUCUACUGUUUACGAGGACCUACAAACCAGUAAACUUUACAAAAUGUCAGGAGUACAUAGAAAAGGUCAAAAAAUCCGUAAAAGUGCUUUAAUGAUUCGUCGACGUGUUUCAAGUUCAUUCUCCAAGAAAUCGGACUCAGAAAAACGUUUAUCAAGAGCAACAAUUCGUUUAAUUGAUGAAUCUGGUGUAGAUUUAACACCAUUACCAUUAUUAAGUGAAGAUAAACGAAUACGUGAAGAAAAAGAUACUAUGAGUACUGAUAUCUCUCAAUCAUCAUAUCAUGGUGGAAGUAGUUUACAUAUUACAAAUCCUUUUACAUUUACACGAUCUUAUAUAAGUGGAUCAAGUCCAACUGGUGAAUCACAUUCAGAGACAAGUGAUGAACAUGAUCGUUAUCAAACAUUUACAGAAGUUAAAACAAUUAUUCAAUCAAAUCAAGAAAUUUUAACUGAAACUGAUUUAAAUAAAUUAAUUAAUGUAAUUAUUACUGAAACUGAUACAUUUUGGAUAUUUGAUCAACCGCCAAAAUUUAUUAUAGAAGAUUCAAUUAAUUCAAAAGAACAAUUAAAACAAAAUGAAAUUUAUAAAACAUUAAUUACAUCAAAAAUUGGUAAUGAUCAAUUUAUUGAACAUGGUAUGAAUACAUUGAAUUUACCAUUAAUGAAUAAAUUAAUUCAAACUGAAUAUAUCCAUUUAAAAGAUAAAUCAUGUAUGGCUAGUAAUUGGGAUAUGGUUGAUACAUAUGAGAAAGAAAUAGAAGAAAAAGAAGAAGAAACAAAAAGAAAUUUGUUACCAGAUAAUUCACAUAGAAAGAAAGUUGGAAACAAUUUAAACAACGAUCAUUUUGAUAGUUCAAUAAAGACUACAUUGAAUCAAAAGAAUAUUCUAUUACAACCAGAUGAUGGUGGACCAUUGGAGAGUAGUUUAAGUAGUGGAAAAACUAGGACAAGUCAAGGAUUUGGAUCAAGUCAGUAUACAACAAAUAAUACAAUGAAUACUAAUUCUGAAUCAGAUCUUAUAUUUAUUCAUGACAACGCUAUAAAUCAAUUGAAUCAGUUAACUAAUGAAUUAGGAUUACUUGAGACUCCAAAAAUGAAAAAUGAUUUAACUAAUAUGGAACGUGCAUUAAAUAUAAAUUUAUAUCGUGAUAAAUUAUUCAAAUAUCAAAGUUUACUAUUAAAGAAAUAUCAAUUUAAUAUGGAUUCGGGUAUUUCAAUGAAACCCAGCCCUGAAAUGAGUCAAACAUUCACAAAUAGUACAUCAAAUGAUCAUUUAACUCGACAUGAAUCGUCUAUGUCGAAGGCGUCAUUGACUACAUCACCAUUAGUGCCAACAAUAGUAACAACAUUAAGAAACUUGGGUAGUGUCAAUUCAACUCAUUCUACACUAAAUGAUUCUAAUACCACAAUAACAUCUAGUGAAUUAUCUAAAAAACAAAAUAUUAGUCCACAAAUUCCUCAUGUUAUUUCAUUAUGGCGUUUUCAAUGUUCAAUGACUAAGGGUCAUAAUAUAUCAGAUAUGGCAUGGAAUAAACAAAAUCCGAAUAUUUUAGCUAUUGGUUAUGGACAAUUUGAAUAUGAUAAUCAACAAAAAGGUUUAGUAUGUUGUUGGUCAUUGAAACUUAUUGAAUAUCCUGAACGUUAUUAUACAACACCAAGUAGUGUAACUGCAAUUGGUUGGUCAAAUAUUCAUGCUAAUUUAUUAGCGGUUGGAAUGUUUAAUGGUGUGGUUUUUGUUUAUGAUGUAAGGAGAAAUGAUCCUCUCCCAAUAAUUGAUACGACGCAUGCUACAGGAAGACAUUUAGGACCUGUACGUAAAUUACAAUGGAUUUUUAAAGAAUCAAGUUUAGCGGAAAAUUUACAGGAAGUUUUAGUAUCCGUAUCUAAUGAUGGUCGAGUAACUCAAUGGUUUAUUCGUAAAGGUUUUGAAAGUGCAGAUCUGAUGGUACUUAAACAAACAUAUUCCAGUGUUCUAACACCGAUGAAUACAUCUCAAAGAAAUGAAGCUUUAAUAUCACGAACAGCUUUUGCAACGAGUAUGGCUUUUAAUAAACGUGAUUUAAGUAUUUACGUUGUUGGCACUGAAAAUGGACCAAUAUAUAAAUGUUCUUAUUCAUAUAAUGAACAAUAUUUGGAUACUUAUAUUGCACAUACUGCAUCAGUUUAUCAAAUAGAAUGGUCACCAUUUGUACCAGAGAUAUUUCUUUCUUGUUCUGCUGAUAUGACUAUAAGAUUAUGGCAUAUAGAUUAUCAAAAACCAUUGAUUACUAUACAAAGAAAUAUGACUACAAUCCCAUCAAUUUCAUGGUCACCUCAUAAUUCUUUGAUAUUUGCUUCAAUUGCUGAAGGUGUUCUCGAAAUAUGGAACUUAGAUUAUUCAACUGUUGAUCCUUAUAUUUCGGAGACAAUAUCUACUGAAUCAAAUAUGACAAGUGUUCUAUUCUCUGAAACUAGUCAAAGUAUCCUGAUAGGUGAUGAUCAAGGUACAGUUCAUGUAUACACUUUAGUAGAUCUCCCUUAUUCAUCAUCAACAAAAUCAGAACAGGCUUCUCAACUCAGUCAAUUUCUUAAAACUUGGUUAAAUGAUCUCUCAUGAAAUACCGAUACUAUAAAUCAACCAUUAAACGAAACCAUGUUUCUCUAGAGAAUGUUUUGACAUAUCAACUAACAUUCAUUUCAAUAAUUUAUAUGAUUGAAUUAAUAAACGUAUCUCAUUAUAU